AUGUCGAUGACCAUCGAAGAUUGCUCUGCUGUUCGACAGCCCCGACCCAUGCCCGACACACCCACCAAUGUGCUCGAGCAGCUCAGCAUGAAGGGCAAGGUCGUCGUUGUCACUGGCGCUAGCGACGGACUUGGUUAUGCCGCCAUCGAAGCUGUUGCAGAGGCCGGUGCCGACGUAGCCCUCUGGUACAACUCGAACGACAUCGCCGUUCAGAAAGCUGAACACCUUGCAAAGACCCACAACAUUCGCGCCAAGGCUUACCAAUGCGAGGUCUCUCUAGUCGACCAGGUUCGUGCAUCUAUUGACAAGGUUGUUGCCGAUUUCGGUCGCAUCGAUGUCUUUGUUGCCAAUGCCGGUAUGGCCAUCUCCAAACCAAUCCUCGAACAGACUGUCGAGGAGUACAGACGUCAGAUGGAGGUCAAUGUUGACGGCGUCUUCUACUGCGCCAAGUACGUCGGAGAAGUCUUCAAGCGUCAAGGCAAGGGCAACCUCAUCAUCACUUCCAGCAUGUCCGCACACAUCGUCAACGUACCCGUCGAUCAGCCGGUCUACAACUCAACAAAGGCUGCAGUAACGCACAUGGGCAAGUCUCUCGCCAGGGAAUGGAGGGAGUUCGCACGUGUCAACAUCGUCAGUCCAGGCUUCUUCGACACCAAGCUCGGUGCCAGCCCUCGCUGCAUUAACGAAGCGUACCGCAUGUCUGCCCUAGGCAGACAAGGUCAUGUCAAGGAGAUCAAGGGUCUUUUCCUCUAUCUUUCCAGCGACGCUUCGUCCUACCAGACCGGCAGCGACACUCUCAUUGACGGUGGCUACACUCUUCCUUGA